AUGCAACGUAAAUCUCCACACUCUAAGCUCGCGUCAGGCGGAGGAGGAAGGGAAAGGAGAGGAAGGCGCGAUGGCCUCCGACGAAAACCUCUGGCAGCCGACAGAGCGGCGCAGGCAUGAUUCAUCAUUGACUCUCUAUCUUCUGGUGUCGGCCCCCCACUCGCUGCUGGUGGCCUCUACACCAUCUUGUGCUUGAGAUCCAACAACGGUGAGCGCAUCACACGGUCAAUGACGCGACCCUACAGACAGCCACUGCUUGUGCUCUGUCGUCUGUGCCGUGUUUGACUCAGAUCCGUCGCUUGUCGCAUCUUCUCCUUCGUCUCUCAGGAGAGCUCAAGGCCAGUGCGAGGGCGAUGAGUGCGCUGAGGGCGAGCAGAGCGUCCUCCUGUCGGUCUCUGGCUGCCGAUGCAUCGACGAGACCUGUCAAGAGGUGGAGCUUCUGAGCGGCGAAUUCGAGCGCUACUGCCGCGUCGAGAAGGAGGACUGUUACGUGGACGGCUGCACAUGCCAGGGGCCGAUCUUCGGCCAGUACAUCGAUGCGUGCGGCUUGACAGCCUUGACUGGGCCAAUCGGUGCGGCGGAUGAAGCAGAGGAGCUGGACCAUCCGACUGUCUUGUUCUCGUUGACCGGCUGUCCAUGCAUCGAGAGGAGCUGCCAGAAGGAAGGCCUCGACAUCCCCGGUCUGGAGCGAUUCUGCAUGGUUCGACAGGAGGACUGCAACAAGGGUCCAUGCAAGUGCAUAGGGCCCACGCUUGGCCAGUACUACGACGCGUGCGUCGAGGGUGGCAUCGAGCAGGUAUUAACCAACGGCGGCUGCCGGUGCAUCGACGAGUGCCGGAAGCGGUCGUCAGACGAUAAACCCACGUGCCGGAUCCAUCCAAAAGAGCAUUGUGAGGACCAGUCGGAGAGUGGCUUGUACACAUUGCCCGAAUGCGACAGUCCCGCGUGGGAGUACCAGCUGAGGCCGCCCACCUUCUGUGCGGGAGUGGCAGAGCGCCUCAGCGGCACAAGGAAGGCACACUGGACGCAUCUCGUGUAUAUGAACGCGGUGAGAGUUGCCAGAGAGAUGCGCGCGCUCCCUCCCUCCCACGUGUUCAUGUGUGUCUGUGCGGUCGUCAUCAGGACAAUAAGUUGGAGAGCUAUGCCAUGAGUGACUUGAAGAAGAUGCUUCAGAUCCCCGAGGGCGACAUCAACCUGCUUGUGCUCGUCGACCGCGCCGACCCUGAAGUCGAGGACUCAUCCCACCGGGCGAUUCACGAUAUGGUCAUCUGUCCAAAUGCCACUCCCGGAGAGGUCACUGCCAGAGACGUAUGCAUGCACACGCGCCCAGGCAUCUCACAUCGACCGAUAGACGAGCAUGAAUACCUUGUCCCUUCUGUAUUUGGGUGGCGUCGGUUUGUUCAGGCAAGGCAGCAGUUUUCCGGGGCAUAUGAGCUGCUGAUGAUCGGCGAUCCAUACGAAAACGAGAACAGCACCAGCCGGCGCCGCUGGCUUCUCAAGAGGGACUUAGGCGAAAUCAAUAUGGACGAGGGGCAAGUGCUCCGGGUGAGUGACACGACAAGCCGUCAACACGUGCCCGUUCCUUCUGCAUGUGUGUGUGGUGUAUGCAGGAGUUUAUUGUGGGAAGCUUGAAGGAUUUUCCCGCAGAGCACUACGCCCUCACUUUUUGGGAUCAUGGCGUCGGCCGGAAAGGGUGGACUACCGCGGACAAAAAGAAAUGCAUGUAUCAAGAAGCAUGGGUGGACCGUGUGUGUGCAGUUUCGGCGGCGAUUCUAGCCAUGGUAACUGGGAUUCGCUGAUGAGCCUCUGGGAUCUAGAGACGAACAUCAGAGUAAGCAACAUAGACCAUUUUACGCCAUGGAUCUUUCUUUCCUCUUACAUCGAGCUUGUCUUGUCUUGUCUUGUUUCGUUAUCCCAGGAAGGCGUUAAGGACGCGGGCAUGCCUGACGACUUCCGCUUCGACCUGCUGUCAUUCGACGCAUGCCUGAUGGCAUCGUACGAAGUCACAACGGCCCUCGCAUCGCAAGGACACUUCUUUCUCAGUCGGUGAAUAGCACCCAUAUCAUUCACAGACAGUUAGUCAGAAUCAUGUCUGUUUUCAAUACCAAUCAUGGCCCUCCUUCUCUUCUGCCUGUUCGCAUGCAGGCAGCGAGACCCUUAUCAGCGGCACUGGCUGGGACUGGAAGUCGCUGAGACCCACACAGCCGAACGGCCAAGCGACUCCUCCGUUGGAGUACGUCAAAAAGAUCGCCCUAGCGACGAUGGACUACUACGUGCGCAACGAACGCCUCAUGAAUCUCGCCAUUGUGGACCUCUACAAGAUCCUUGAGUUCCGCCAAGCCUUUUCCCAACGCCAGAAGACGCUGACCAAACGCCUGCACGAUUGCGUCGAUACGAAGGAGGUCGAUCGCAUCCGGACGGCUUACCAGAGGGCCGACGACAGCCUGCGAGGCCGCCAGGCGUCGCUAUUUAGCGGGGAGAUAGUGAAUCCGGUGGACAUGGGUAUGCUGCUGCAGUAUCUGGAGGCCGAGGUGGAGCGGGUGAUGCCUGCCGACGAGCUCGAUUCUUUCUCUUUCAAGGUACACGAAGUAGAGUUAGUGUAGAAUGCAUGGGUGAAUGGACAAAUGUGUUCUCAGGACGCCAUCAAGAAGUACACCGAGAGCAUCGUCUACUUCAAUGGCUCGGACAACUUCGGCAACAUCCCCCUGACCGGUGAGGGAGUGGGGAUAUGGGUAGGUUCAUGAAGCAAGCUGCAGUGUAGAUUGUCAUUCAUGUCUCGUGUUUGUCAGGUUUGCACGCUGAUUUGACUCUGGAAGAGCCGGUCACUUCCCGCUUGCUUGAGGCAGAUGAGCAUUCCACCAGCGAGGCGCCGGCAUCUGAUGCUCGCCAGCUGCAGGACGACGACGCCAAAUGGGGAGCAAACAUCGUAAGACACCACCACGUGCACUGGACAGGAAGCGAGAGCACGUUCUGAUUUGCUCUUCUUUGUACCUCGCUUCACAGACCGACGACCCGAACUGGCAGAAGACCGGCACGCCGACUGACCUGAGGGUCCUCCUCGAGCCCAUCCGCGACACCAAGCGCGUAGUGUGCCGUGCUACAGUGGGCCCACCAGAGGCUCAGCCUACGUUCGAAAUCAUCAAUACCACCCUCUAUCUCAUGACUCCGCCACGCUAUCGGAUCGAGAUCUUCAGGAACACAACCAGUGGGGCAGCCUCAUACACGGUUAGGCCAAGAGAAUGAAAAGACCUUCCUAUGCAGGGGCUGAAUGAGUGCGUCGUUGUCUCGCUUCAGGCGCUAAAAGCAAUCAUGAUCCAGCCCAGAUCCGAGGGCGCCAGGUUCCGCAAGGCCUUUGUGGUGACGGCGGAGGAGUCGCUUGAGACCGAGGAGAUUCGGGAGGAGGAGGGCGCUCAUCCUGUAGACCGCGUGGCGGCCGAAUGGGAGGGCGAGGGGUGGAUCCUCCAUCAGAACAUCUGGAAGGGCAUCCGGGCCUCCCUGACACGGCACGACUGCGACAUCACACCUGGGAUCAAAGGAUGUCCCGCAGGAUUCGCCCGAGUAGUGCCCCCACGAUCGAGUCCGGCCAUCAAUGAAGGCACCGACCGCACCUUUACCCGCCGGUGUGUGUGGCUGACUGCGCUGGCGCCUCCUCAAAGACAGGGCGCGACUCGACGACCCCUGCAGAUCCCCGCCCGCCUCUAUCGGAGUUUCCUCGACUUCAUGCGCGUGAAGGACGCUCGUAACGCCACUUUGGUGAUUGACUACGAUGCCAAGAGUCCCGACAAGAGCCGCCUGUCUCUCUUUGCUGCCAAUCGCUUUGGCGUUGAGGCGGAGGUGUCUUCGCGUGAUUGGGGGCUGAUCGAGCCGCUGCACACGUACGUCAAUCUCACCGAGGUGGAGGGGCCGGGUCGAUACGACAUGGCCGGCAACGGGGGCCUGCAGCGGGGUCUGCCGUCAUGCGCGGCAUUCAUGUAAGCGGAGGGAGGGGGGGAGGGAGAGAGAGGCAGAUGCACAACACAAGUGCACACAUCGCUGCAGGUGGGGCUCUGAUUCUGAAGCGACGCAUCCUGAGGCCGACGAGAUCGAGGUGUUGCAAUGGCCGCCCACGGGCAGGGAGACGACUGAGGGUCAGUCAGACAGACAGACAGACAGAUGAACAAGUGGCUGCAUGCGGUUGUUCAUCUGUGCAUGUGGUCGUCAGGGCGUGUGCUGGGCAUCACAGCCGAGGAGCAGCUGGCCAAUCCAAGGAUGGUCGGUGCGUUCGCGGCCGUCUCCCCGGCCAACGCUCGAUGCGAAGAGUUCGAGAAAGCCCCGGCUAUGUAUUGCAAGAUAUGCGACACACUGUCGGAGCUGGACGAGUGUGAGAAAGAGGAGGGCCUAUUUGGGUGUGAGGGCAUCUGUGCACACAAAUGUGACGGGAAGCCGUGUGCGUGA